AUGAACAUAUGUAUUUUAGAUAUUUUGAAAAAGUUUAACCCACAAGUGAAGGGUUAUUCCACUGGUACCGAUCUCAAAACACGAGAUCUUUGGUUCAACGCUGCAAUAGCUGGUGCAAGAUCGAGAGGCAUACCGGACCAAGCGCGAGAACUGAUCGGCCGCAUGCAGAACGACUCGAGAACAAAUUUUGAAAACGAUUGGAAAGUGGUCACAAUUUUCAUCGGUGGAAACGACUUGUGUGCGCUAGAUAGAGACCCUGUCGGUGCUUCACCUGAAAGUUAUAUUAAAACGCUGGAAGAAGGACUUGACAUUUUACACGCAGAAAUGCCAAGAACGCUUGUGAACCUCGUGGAGAUUUUGGACAUUUACCUACUACCACAAGUAGCGCAUGGUUUUGGAUCUACAGCUGCAUGUAGAGCUGCACAAGCGACAGAAUGUAACUAUGUCUCGACAGCGAACGACACUGAGUUGGAAGUUAUAAAAGUGAUCAACGAUGAAUACCAGAGACAAACAGAGGAAUUGAUCGCAACUGGAAAAUAUGACACGAAGGAUGAUUUCACUGUCGUUAUACAACCGUUUAUAAAAGACACUGUGUUGCCGUACACCGAGGACGGUCAGGUGGAUUCGACAUAUUUUGCGCCCGAUUGCUUUCACUUCAGCACUAAAGGUCACGCCAUGGCCGCGGUAAACUUAUGGAACAAUAUGAUGGAACCAGUCGGAUCGAAAACAACAGUUUGGGGAAUAACAGACUUGAAAUGUCCAACGCAGGAGAAUCCUUACAUAUUCACAAGCAAAAACAGCAAACCAGCCAUAGUUCCUACCGACAGCCCAACAACAACAACGACAACAACAAAACCAACAACAACUAAAAAGCCGGCAGCCACAUCACCAGCACAAACCGAUCCUACAGUAGUUUGCAAUGAAACUUGCUCUCAAGUCGUUCCGGACUGGGGCAUCGCUUUGCUCGUGGUCACCGGCGUAGCAUUGCUGCUUCAGAUGUUAGUGGUUAUUUGCAUUACGUCGAGAAAGCACUCGAAACCGAAAGCAGCCGAAGUUUACAAAAAUGGAAUCGCGUUGUAGCGGGGCCUAUUAUGUCGGUCAACAAUUAUGUAUAUAAACAAGACGUAAUAACGUAGCAUGUUUGUUAUAGCUGUAAUAAAUUCCAAAACGACUCUGA